AUGGAAUAUUCGCAGGAGCAACUUAACUACUUCAGACUCUGCUACAUAGGAUCCACAUUGGUCCCAGUAGGACUGCGGCAGAUUUUCAAAAACGAAUGGGAUUUCCUUUAUAAGGCAACGUCAGUUGGAGAAUGGAAAGACACGGCACAAAAUGGCCAUGAUUUCUACAACAUGGAAUCUAAAGCAAGCCACAAGAAAAACGCGAGGUUUCUUUCAACAAUUCAGAAUGGUAACACGGCAGAGUGGGACUGCACCUGUUUGUUUUUUGUCAUCCUGUACUCAGACAGCAUUGGUAAAACCUUAAGCCCAGUUGUCUAUAAAGAGGUCGAUGACCUUCGUCAGGUGCGAAACGAGAUCGCUCAUAUCACUGAGGCUAAGUUGGCAGAUGCAGACUUCCAAACGUCUGUAGACAGAUUGCUGAAUGCUUUUACAUCCCUUGGUCUUGCUACAACUAAGAUUGAAGAAAUUAAGAACCAGACGACCUUUCCAACGAAGGAAGUGGAAAAAAUUAAGAAGCAAGCUCGCGAUCUGCAAGAUGACUUAGAGCAGACAAAAUCUGACUUGGAACAAACAAAAAGUACACUUCAGAGUACAGAAGCUGAUCUGGUUUCUGCAAAAGAAGAAAACAGAUCUCUCACACAAGAAAUUAGUGCGAAGCUUCAGCCAUUUUGCAUUCUUGCAUCACGCCCACCACACGCUAUCAUUAGGCGCUCGCAUGACAUUGAAAGAAUCACUAACAAAAUGGAGGAGCUUUACAAUGAUUCCUGCGGAGCAGUUAGUACAGUUUAUCUGUCAGGAAAUCCAGGCUGUGGCAAGAGCCAACUUGCCCGGGAAAUCGGACAACACUUCUUUUCUGGACAAACCGGUGACGCGGUUACUGAUCUUAUCUUUGCUGCGACGCUAAACACAGAAAGCCUUGAGACACUUGCUGACUCUUAUCUUACCCUUGGAAGACACCUAGGGAUAACAGAAUACGCGUUAACAGGCUUAGAAUCUUUGAAGGGAAAGAAACCUAAGGAAGCAAUUCAACAGCUCCAUCGCUUGAUUUUGCCAAAGGCCAGUAAAUUUACCAAAUGGUUGAUAAUAGCAGACAAUGUGAUUGACUUACGCUUAGUCCGCGAAUUGCUGCCUCAAACUGGCAGUAAAGAAUGGGGGCACGGGCAAGUGCUGAUUACCACUCAAGACAGUGGCACAAUUCCUCAAAACGCUCCUCACACGUAUCAUGAAUCGUUAAGUAAAGGAAUGAGGCGAGACGAGGCAAUAGAAUUGCUGGAAAACGUAUCGCAAAUUUCAGAGCAAGUACAAGCAGAGAAUGUCGCUGAAUUUCUCGAUUUUCAGCCACUGGCCUUAGCUGCUGCUGCUUAUUACGUGCAAACUGUUGUGACCAGUGAGUCUUCAAAAUAUAAUUGGAAAGCAUACCUUCAAGAAAUAUCAACAUAUAGCCAAAGAGAAAAGACUGAAACUUUCCUUGCUAAUGAGAGUUCAGCCUAUGCUAAAACAACAACGGCCGCAGUAGAAAUGGCUAUCCAAAGAGCUGUUGACUCAGACGAGGUUCUUCGUCAGACGUUCUCUUUUCUUUCUCUCUGCGCUGACGACGAUAUCCCACUCGAAACUGUUUUGAAGUUCGUUAAAUCCCAAGUAAAGGACCAACCAGAGUUGUUCAUGAAGGCAAAGAUUAAAAGGUCUUCUUUAAUUCUUGUUCAUUGCGAAAACGGGGGUGAACGAAGUUAUCUACGUCUGCAUAAAGUUGUGCACGAAGCUUUGAGACGGGGCGAGGUGUUUAACCUGACAUCAUGGAAGAGUGACCACACCAUGGCAGAAGCGGUUAAGAUUUUCGAGUCCCAACUUGAAGAAAAUGAUCGUCAUGAGAAUUACGCGUUCUGUAAAAAAUUGAGACCGCAUUGUGAAUCUUUAGUCAAGCACAUGAAGUCAGAGUUUAGUCGGGAUCAAAGCACUUUUGUAGAAAGGUUAACGCCCUUCGUAGAUUUGGAUAUAGUUAUUGAUUGGCUACAUGCUCUCGCCAGUUUCUGUCACGAAAACUCUUAUUGUCUCGUUGCGAAAAGUGUGGUCGACUUAGCAUGCAACCUACUGGAGAACACAAACGACAAUUCAACAAGUGCGUUAACUCGUAAAGAAAGGAUUUUUAAUAUAAGUGGCAUUGUGUACUGCAGUCUGCGAGAAUACAACCAUGCCAAGGAACUUCACAAAAAAGCACUGGCGAUUAGCACAAAUGUUUUUGGUGAAGAUCAUCCCAAUGUAGCAACAAGUUAUAACAACUUGGCAUCAGUGUACUACAGGCUUGCUGAAUACAAUAAAGCUAAAGAACUUCACGAAAAGGCACUGAUUAUUCGAACAAAUAAUUUUGGUGAAGAUCAUGCCGAUGUAGCAAAAAGUUAUAGCACCUUGGCACCAGUCUACUACAGUAUGGGAGAGUACAAUCAAGCCAAAGAACUUCACAAAAAAGCCCUGAUGAUUCGCAAAAAGAUUUUUGGUGAAGAUCAUGUCAAUGUAGCAAUAAGUUAUAGCACCUUAGCACCAGUGCACUUCACCAUUGGAGAAUACAAUCAAGCCAAAGAUCUUCACGAAAAAGCACUGAUGAUUUACAAAAAGAAUUUUGAUGAAGAUCAUGCCCAUGUAGCAACAAGUUUGAACAACUUAGCAUUAGUGAACAGUACCCUGGGAGAAUAUAAUAAAGCCAAAGAACUUCAAGAAAAAGCAUUAAUGAUUCGCAAAAAGGUUUUUGGUGAAGAUCAUGCCAAUGUAGCAACAAGUUAUAGCAACUUGGCAUCAGUGUACAGCCGCCUAGGAGAAUACAAUCAAGCUAAAGAACUUAACGAAAAAGCACUAGUGAUUAGCAAAAAGAUUUUUGGUGAAAAGAAUGCCAAUGUAGCAAGAACUUAUAACAACUUGGCAUUUGUGUACAACAGCCUGGGAAAAUACAAUCAAGCCAAAGAACUUCACGAAAAAGCACUCGAUAUUCGCAAAAAUAUUUUUGGUGAAGAUCAUGCCUACGUUGCAACAAGUUAUCACAAAUUGGCAUCAGUGUACAGCAGCCUGGGAGAAGACAAUCAAGCCAAAGAACUUCACGAAAAAGCACUCAUGAUUCGCCAAAAGAUUUUUGGUGAAGAUCAUCCCUAUGUUGCAACGAGUUAUCACAAGUUGGCAUCAGUGUACGGCAGCCUGGGAGAAUACAGUCAAGCCAAAGAACGUCACGAAAAAGCACUCAUGAUUCGCAAACAGAUUUUGGGUGAAGAUCAUCCCUAUGUUGCAACAAGUUAUAACAACUUGGCUUCAGUGUACAACAGCCUGGGAGAAUACAAUCGAGCCAAAGAGCUUAACGUAAAAGCACUGAUGAUCAGCCAAAAGAUUUUUGGUGAAAAUCAUGCCGAUGUAGCAACAACUUAUGACCACUUGGCAUCUGUGUACUACAGCUUGGGAGAAUACGAUCAAGCCAAAGAACUCCACGAAAAAGCAUUUAUGAUUUAUAAAAACAUUUUUGGUGAAGAUCAUCCCGAUGUAGCAACAAGUCAUAGCAACCUGGCAUCAGUGUACAACCGUCUGGCUGAAUACAAUCAAGCCAAGGAACGUCACGAAAAAGCACUCAUAAUUCGCAAAAAGAUAUUUGGUGAAGAUCAUGCCUAUGUAGCAAUGAGUUAUCACAAGCUGGCGUCAGUAUACAACCGCCUGGGAGAAUGCAGUCAAGCCAAAGAACUUCACGAAAAAGCACUGAUGAUUCGCAAAAAGAUUUUUGGGGAAGAUCAUGCCCAUGUAGCAACAAGUUAUCACAAGCUGGCAUCAGUUUACAACAGCUCGGGAGAAUACACUCAAGCCAAAGAAUUUCACGAAAAGGCACUGAUGAUUCGCCGAAAGAUUUUCGGUGCAGAUCAUGUCCAUGUAGCGACAAGUUUGCACAAGUUGGCAUCAGUUUAUAACAGCUUGGGAGAAUACAAUCAAGCCAAAAAACUUCACGAAAAUUAA